AUGCCCAAAACACGCUUUUCAGAAGCCAGGUCCCGUCUGCAACAAAAUCAAGAAGAGACUAUUGCAAGCACAAGUGCAGUUCCUGAUGAACCGACAAUUGAUUCCGCGGUGCUGCCAGACAAAUCCGCCACAUCCUCGAACGAGAAACCUCCCUCUCGAUCUGGAAAGAAAUCAAAGAGGAAAAGGUUACUAAGCUGGGAACGCGAGGAUAGACCACCGCGACCGAGUAACGCAUUCAUUUCGUUCAAGUCAUCCUUACGAGAUGGGCCUCAGAAGCAGGAGUACGCAUAUCGACUAAAUAAAGGAGAAAAUAUAGGUGUUGUUGCUCAACAAUUGUGGUUGGCUUUACCUCCUGAAGAAAAGGAUAAAUGGUACGCGGCGGCCAAGAAGGCUAAAGCAGAACACGCCUUGAAGUACCCCGAUUACAAGUUCAAACCUCGUAGGCGUAAUAGCAAGAAAUAUAGCCCUUCAAACAAGUCAAAUGCAAAUGAGGAUGAGGAAGGAAGUGUUGCCCCUAGUGGGGAGAGUGGUACCUCUCACAGUGCUCACAGCGAGGACGGAGAUUUCGACUCUCCAGGAGUAGCACGUUUCGUUGAGGUCUAUGUAGGAGGCAGUAAAGAUCUGGAUACGCUAUACAAAUAUGGAUGGAAGGUUAGUACGCCUCUUUGUUCCGCUGUCACCCUCUCAACAAUCACUCAGUGGGCGCUCGUUCGUGACUUCGAUGCUCUACCGAUUGAUGUGACCGACGAAGGACUCAAUGAGGACAAUAAUCCCUUGCUUCACCAAACCGAAGAAGCGGACAGAGUUGA